GAUUUACUGAAAGUUUAAUGCAUGUAAGUCGAUUAUAAUUUUGUUUGUUUAAACAGUUACUUUCCUCCACUAAUUAAAAAUACCUAUAUCCAACUAUAUAUCAUAUCAGUAUGGGGUUGUGGAAAUUGUGCUAAUUUAUUGAAAUCAUGAAUCUAUUCAAGAUAAACAACCGUUAAAAACAUGGAAGCACAUACAUUAGAAUUCUAUUCAUUAAAAUAUAUAACUAAUACCAGAUGUAAAUUAUCAAUUGUAGAACAUUCUUACCAUUACUUUUCAGUAACUUCAGUUGGUUAGUUAAAGGUUUAAAAUAUUUAUUUUUGGUAUUUAGGUAAUUCAAAAAUUUUAAAUAAAUCCUGUUAUGCUUCAGCUUAAAAGUUGAGUAACUAAAUCUGUAGGUAGUCAAAAGACGUAAAUAAAGUCAAAAAACGUGAUUCACCGAACUUCAUGUAAUCAAAUUGAUGAUACCGUCCUUAUCAUAUGAAAUGAGUGUCCUGGGUUUCAAACCUGGAAAAAUCCGUAAAUCUAUACCGUUGCGUAGUCUAACUUCAAAAGGCAGCAGUUUUCCACUAGGUUUCGAUUCUGCUUUAUAUUUGUAUGGACAGUUCAAAUACGACAGAGUGUUUUCAUUAAAACUAGAAUGAAACUAGUUUAUCGGUUUUUCGAAGAGUAUCCUUUAGUUGCUGAAUGACAAAGUUAUUUGACAAUAUAAUUCAUUGUAUCGUUCGACCCUUUUGGUCUGUGAAUCCAACUCUAUUCACUACCUUUGACAUGUUAUCUAAACCGUGCAUUUGCUACACGUUUGUAACUAAUUUACUCUUGGUUUUCAUACGAAUUACAUGGCAAAGGUUAAAUGUUCUGUUGUUCACGUAUAGCUAUUCUGAUAACAUGGUAUCUUUCGAAUUUACCACUCUUAAAGAGCACUAACAUAUUGAAUUUACUCCUUCCAUUCUUUUUACUCAUAUUUCAACUACUAUUAUCAAUACAACUGUCGGCAUAAUAACUUGUUACACCAUCAAAGAGUAUACAACAUUCUUACUUAAAUUCUUCUAUCUACACUAAAAACUACACUUUCAAUUCCGUAUCUUUUUCAUUUGUGUUUGUUUUAUGCUUAAAAUUACUUUCUUGUUAUUUGGUUAACAUUUAUGUAAUUGACCCAGAAACCAUCAGAGAGAAAGGAAUAUUAUGCAGUAUUGUACAAACUCUAUCAAAAUUUAAGAGCACUUAUUUCAUUAAAAGUUUAAAAAAAGAUAAAGGAAAUAAUAUAGAAGUCAAGUUUCCGAAUAAUAAUGGUAAUGAACUCAAACAACAUACUCAAAGACGUGAUUUCGUUGGUCAGUGAUCAGUACAAUAAAUAGUUACGCCUACACAAUGUAAAAAAUAGUAAUAUCUUAUAAAGGAAUUCAUACCUUCAACUGUUAUCGUUUAACCACAAGGUCAAAGUAUUUCCUUUUUGUUGGUUAAACUUAUAUGUUUGUGAAAGAUGACAAUAUGAUUCAGAAAUAAUUUAUCUUUGAACUAUAUUAUAACUGGUCAAUCCAAUAUAUUGUAACCAAUCUCUAUUAAUCUCAGAGAUUCUCUUUUAGACUAUAAAUUAUUGUACAUUCAUGCUGAAAAUUUGCUUGUGUACAAACAUAAACUUUUAUUAAGUAAAAAUGUCUGAUGGUUUAUAUGAACUGAAGAUAUCUUCAUAUAAAAAUCACAACGUGGCUGAUUCACCACAAAUGAAUAAUAGAAAGCAUAUACAAUUAGUUUAUGCUAAACCAUCGAAAUUGAGAAGGGAUAUUAUGGCACAUAAUAACAAUGAAAAAGUGUCACCAGUGAAAAUGAGAAAUGCACCGGUAACUCAUGCAGCACCUACAGGAACUAAAACAACAUAUUCUUUUAAUGACCAUUUCAUAAUUAAAAAACCUGAUCUAAGUGAAAUACCUGAACAAAAGCUUGCAAUUUUAUCUAAUCAAUUUGGUGAACUUAGUGAUUCUGUGGAACGUGUUAUUAUUCGUAUAUUCGAUUCAGCUGUAGUUCCAGGUGGUGCACUACGUGGUGUUGUUUAUAUAUGUCUUAAAGAACCAAUUAAAUUGAAUACUUUAACUGUUACCACAGAAAUGAUUACUAAAACAAUAUCUUCAGAUGAGAAACAAGAUAUGGAGAAACGAAUACCUAUAUCAUAUACUGUUUUGACAGACGACCCAUCACUUGGUAAAAGAAUGCCUAUACGUAAAUUUACUUGUCAAGAACCAGAAUUUAUUCAGUCACCAGUUAAAGAAGUUAAUCUUAGUGAUCCAUGUUUCUCACCAUAUAUUGGACCUGUCCAACUUGCUCCAGGUGAUCAUGCAAUUCCUUUUGCGUUUCCUCUUGAAAGUGAUGCACAUCCAUCAAUAUUACUGAAGGGUAAAGUUGGUUUUAAACAUGAGGUGGAAAUUAUUCAUAGAUAUUAUGUCUAUGCAUCAAUGAGAUUGAGUCGACCAGAUGAAAAUAAUUCAGUAACAAUUAGUACAGACAAUUUAAAUAUCAAAGUUCUUAGUUGUGGUCCACCGAAUUAUACACUUCCAAAUGGUGAACGAAUACCAGCUAUCAUGAAAACAUUUACGAUGGAAAAUAGACAAAUGUUAAUACAGGUUGAAAAUUUAAUCUUUCAAGAGGCUGAUGAUAUUAAUAUUUAUUUAUUUACGGAUGAACCAGCUGGCAUACGUUAUGUUGAAGCUUAUUUACUUCGUAUAUUUCAUAUACCUGGAUUAAAAGUUUCUGAUACGAAAGCAUUACAUAAAUUGAAAAAGUAUCCUCCCAAUGUUUUUAUUGAUGGUCGUACAGAAAAAGUUACUUUUACUGAAAAUCUACCCUUACCAUACUCCGAAACAGCUGAAACUGAAAGUGGACGAUUAUUUUCCAAUUCACAAUAUUUACCAAGUCAUUAUCGUGAUUUUCGUGUAUCAUGUGAAUCUUUAAACUCAACAGAACAAUCACAAAGAACAUUACAUUGUGAUUCGUAUAAGGACUUACCUAGAGAUGCACGUAAAGCCGGUUGCCAUUUAACUUUAAACGUACCAAUCAAUUCUGUUCCACAAAGCUGCUUAGAAUCAUUGAAGAUAACUUAUUAUAUUAGGGUUCUUAUACAUGGUAAACGUAAAGUGAUGGCUUAUAGUUUACCAAUAUCAGUAGUUGAACAACGUUCUAAAGAUUAUAAAAUGCGUUAUUUGGGUGAAGGUAAUCAUAUAUAUGAUCCGGAAUAUUUAAAAUUAAAACGUGACAGUAAAUGUUCAGUUUCAUAACACUUGGAUACAAACAAAUCUACUAAUGUAAUACGAUCCAAUUUUUUUUUGAAAAAAUUAGUAAAUUUAUCAACUAUUAGUUGCAACUUUUACACCCCUUUUUUUUCUAGGAGGAAAACGGAGAGAGAAAAUCAAUGUUAGAUUCUUUUUUCUUCUUUUCUUUUCUUUUAUUGUCUUGAAUUGGUGUUUGUCAUCUACGGUAUUGUUACAUUGUUCAUUUUGUUUUAUUAUUAUUCUUUGAUUUGGUUAGUUGGUUUGAUUUUUUUUUGUUUCAUCUACUUAGUUAACUAAGUUUUUUUUGCUAAUAAUAAUAAUCAUUCAUGUAUUCUUUAUCAUUAUUUUAUCGAAUUCCUGAUAAAAAUAUGUUAUAAAAAGAGUGAAUAAUUUUCAUUCAUUGAAGUUAAUUAUCAGUU